AUGGCCCUGAGACAGUUUGUGGUGCUCCGCACGCUGGGGGAGGGCGGUUACGGCAAGGUCAAGCUGGCGCUGCAUCUGCCGACGGGCACGGAGGUGGCCAUAAAGAUCGUGCCCAAGGGCGGCAACCGCGACAAGUUCCUGGCCCGCGAGGUGGCCUGCAUGAAAGUCCUUCGGCACCCGAACGUUCUCCAGCUCUUCCAGGUGGUGGACACCGAGGACGAGGUGCUGCUGGUCCUGGAGCGCGUGCAGGAGGGCGACCUGGAGACUACCUGUGCAGCGCUCAGCCACUGCCACGCCCGGGGCGUGGCACACCGGGACCUGAAGCCGGAGAACCUGCUCCUGGACCGGCACCGAAACAUAAAACUCGCAGACUUCGGGCUCAGUGCCCAGUUCUCCGGGGCGUCGCUGCUCAAGACCCCCUGCGGCACCCCGGAGUUCGUGGCCCCCGAGCUCUUCCGUCGGCAGGCGUACAGUGGCCCCGUGGCGGACGUCUGGAGCCUGGGGGUGGUCCUCUACGACAUGGUCACCGGGGAGCUGCCCUUCGAGGGCAACACCUUCGGGGAGCUGCGGGCCAGGGUGCUGAGCGGCAUCUACCACGAGCCGCACUACCUCUCCCAGCAGUGCCGGGACCUACUGAAGAAGAUGAUGACGCUCAACCCCCAGAGCCGCAGCACCCUGGACAGCAUCAUCAAGCACCCCUGGGUGGGGCUGCCCAACGGACUCCCGCCCUGCCGCGAGCCGUCCCUGGGCCAGCACGAGGCCGCAACGGAAACCAUGGUCUGCCUUGGGAUCCGGAAAGAAGACAUCGACAGGGCACUUUUGGAGGCCAGGUACGAUGACCUGAUGGGGACUUACCUCAUGCUGCUCUCCAGACAGCGGGCAGACGAGGAGGGGCCGGACCCCGCCAUCACCCCCAAGCUCCUCAGUCCCGAUGGGGCCCACUGCUUCCUGAUGCCAGAAGACCACCUGCAGCCUGAGGUCUCGGGACACGAGACAUUACGGGUGGGACUGUCCCCAGAGCAGGACGCCCAGAAGCCCACCACCACCUCCGGGCCAGGCAUCCCGCAGGAGGAUGCCGGCGUGCAGAGCUCGGUCUCCGGCUCGAGGCCUGUGCUGCGGGAGGCCUGGGGGCCCAAUACCAUCUCGCUGCCAGGUCCCCUGCAAGAGGAAGCUCUGCCGCCCAGCACCACCUCGCCAGGCCCUCAGCUGGAGGGGGCCCAGGAAACCAGCAGGAAGAACUCCAGCCCAGCCCCCCAGCCCUCCAGCACCACCCGAACACCUCCCGCAAGAUCGGUGGCCCCUGCAGAGACACUGGAGGACCGUGAGCACCAUUCCCGUUCCACCCUUGGAGGCUACAAGGCCAGAGCUCGGAGACUCCUUAACAGGAUUGUAAAAUGCUGUCUUCUCUGUACACCCUUCCGAGGAAAACAACAAUCCAAAGUUCACCCUGCUGGGGAUUAGGAUCCUCACCAGCUCCUCCCCAGAAUUUGCUUCCCCGCUCUAGGGCAGCCACCCAGUGGCCAUGGUGAAAGGAGCACACCAGUGGAGGCCGAGGCCCUGGAGAGAGCACUCCAGCCAGAGGGGCCAGGAGCAGCAUGAGAACAUAGGCGUGGGGCACAGAUGUCCGCAAGCACAGCAGUCCCAAGAGCAGGUGGCUCAUAGACACGCUGGUCCCUCAGGUCAUUACCUCAUGAUCCUUCGUCAAGCAACUUAUAAACACGAUAGGACUGUGGACUUUCUGGACAUUUUCUUUGCUUCUCACCAGAGGAACUCUUCAAAGCAAACAAAGUUAUUGUCUCGCUGACUUUAUUGUCCCAGGCAGCCUUGCCAGUGUGGAAAGGACAUUUCCAGCAGAGCAAACCAUAGAAUUCUUUCCUUUUUUGAGUCUAUGGCACCUUUUCCAAAACCUCUUUCUGUAAGCAUGUGUCAUACAAUGUAAUAGUUACAUUCUAUUGUCAUCGUCUGUGUCACAUUCUGAGAUACACGAACUUGCAAAAUGAUUCUUUAAAAUGUAGGUAGACCAAGGGUCAUUCUUAGUGCUGUGAGUUCUAUGGGUUUUGACAAAUGCAUGUUGUUAAAUGCAGCUAUCUUCAUAGUAUUUCCCCAGUAAGUUACUUGUCUUUUUAAGAUCAUUUUUGCAGAGCAUAAACUUUUAAUAAAGUGCAAAGGUCUGUUUAUUAUUUCAUAGGUCAUGCUUCUAGUGUUUUAUCUAAAAAGUUAUUAGCAAAUCCAAAGUCACAUCUAUCUGUAUUGUUAUGUCUUAUUUGAGAAGUUUUAUACUAUUGCAUUUUACUUUCAUGUUUAUGACUCAAUUUGAGUUUGUUCAUUAUUUAAUAAGGUUUAGGUCUGUAUCUAGGUCCAUUUUGUUAGUGUUGUUGGCUUUGUGUUUUUUUUUAACAUCUCUAGUUUUUUAGUUUUAUUGUCUUUUUAUUGUAUUUAGUUGUUUUGGUUCACGAAGUAAUUAUGGUCUCCAAAAAUGAAUUGGGUUACGCAGGAGAGGCAAUACAGAGGCAGAGUGAAGACACUGGGCUCACCACCACCACACUCACAACACUGUGCAGGACAACAUUGAUGCCCCUGAAAGAGAAAUGGGUGACCAGGGCACACACCAGGAGCAGGGACCAAGGGCAAGAAACUGGGAAAACUUGAACUGACCUGCAUCUACAGUUAUACUGGAGCAGAAUUAAACCCCCUACAGAUGUGGACUCGGGAACAGAAGCCACAUUUAGGGCCUUUGGGGGCUCAGCACUUCCCUCAGCGCUGGGC